AUGGGCACGGGCUCCGGGGCUGCUGGGGUCGGUGCGGGCCGAGGCCAGCGCGCGGCGGGGUGCUGGGCGACCCCCGGAGCGCCACGGCCGCCGCUCUUCUCUCUCUUCCUCCUCUUUUUCUUCUUGCUGCCGGUGCUCGGCGCCCCGAUCUCGCCGUACGAGACAUGCCCCAAGGUGCAGCCGAACAUGCUCAACGUUCAUCUGGUGCCCCACACCCACGAUGACGUUGGCUGGCUCAAGACGGUGGACCAGUACUUUUAUGGCAUCCGCAAUGACAUCCAGCGUGCCGGGGUGCAGUACAUCCUGGACUCGGUAGUCUCUGCCCUGCUGGCCGACCCCACCCGCCGCUUCGUCUAUGUGGAGAUAGCCUUCUUUGCCCGGUGGUGGCACCAGCAGACAAAGACAACGCAGGAACUGGUGCGGGACCUUGUGCGCCAGGGACGCCUGGAGUUUGCCAACGGCGGCUGGGUGAUGAACGAUGAGGCGUCCACCCACUACGGCGCCAUCGUGGACCAGAUGACGUUGGGGCUGCGUUUCCUGGAGGACACGUUCGGUGCCGCUGGGCGUCCCCGUGUGGCCUGGCACGUCGACCCUUUUGGCCAUUCACGGGAGCAGGCCUCGCUGUUUGCACAGAUGGGCUUCGAUGGCUUCUUCUUCGGUCGCCUGGAUUACCAAGAUAAGAAGGUUCGGGAGGAGAUGCUGGAGAUGGAGCAGGUGUGGCGGGCCAGCACCAGCCUGAAGCCUCCCACCGCUGACCUCUUUACCGGCGUGCUCCCCAACAUGUACAACCCCCCGGACUAUAUGUGCUGGGACAGUCUGUGUGACGAUGACCCUGUGGUGGAUGACCCUCGCAGCCCGGAGUACAACGCCAAAGAGGUGGUCAGAUACUUCCUGCAGGUGGCUGCUGCCCAGGGCCAGCACUACCGCACCAAUCACACCAUCAUGACCAUGGGCUCAGACUUCCAAUACGAGAAUGCCAACACGUGGUUCAAGAACCUUGACAAGCUCAUCCAGAUGGUCAACAGCCAGCAGGCCAAUGGGAGCCGAGUCAACGUGCUCUAUUCCACCCCUGCCUGUUACCUCUGGGAGCUGAACAAGGCCAACCUCACCUGGUCGGUCAAACAGGAUGACUUCUUCCCCUACGCCGACGGCCCCCACAAGUUCUGGACGGGUUACUUCUCCAGCCGGCCGGCCCUCAAACGCUACGAGCGCCUCAGCUACAACUUCCUGCAGGUAUGCAGCCAGCUGGAGGCGCUGGUGGGACCCAAGGCCAACGCGGGACCCUAUGGCUCUGGAGACAGUGCGCCUCUCAGGGAGGCGAUGGCCGUGCUCCAGCAUCACGACGCGGUCACCGGCACCUCCCGGCAGCACGUGGCUGAUGACUACGCGCGCCAGCUGGCUGAGGGCUGGGGUCCGUGUGAGGUGCUUCUGAGCAACGCUCUGGCGCGGCUUCGGGGCGCCAAGGAGCAGUUUACCUUCUGCAGGGAGCUCAAUGUCAGCGUCUGUCCACUCAGCCAGACCACAGCAAAAUUCCAGGUCACCGUGUAUAACCCCCUGGGGCGCAAGGUCGAUCGGAUGGUCCGGCUGCCGGUCCGUGAAGGUGCUUUCUCCGUGAAGGACCCCAAUGGUGUGGCGGUGCCCAGCGAAGUGGUGGUACUUCCGGGGUCAAACAGACAGGAGCACCCCCCAGAGCUGCUCUUCUCUGCUUCAGUGCCUGCCCUGGGCUUCAGCACCUACUCUGUGGCCCGGCUGCCUGGCCGGAACCCCAAGUCCCGCACACACCGACCCAAGCCAAGAAUUCGAGCCCUGGACAUACAAAAUGAGCACAUCCGGGCUUCAUUCAACUCUGACACAGGGCUCUUGAUGGAGAUUGAGAACCUGGAUCAGAACCUCCGGCUGCCUAUUCGCCAAGCUUUCUUCUGGUACAAUGCCAGCGAAGGCAACAACGUAAGCUCCCAGGUCUCAGGUGCCUAUAUCUUCAGACCAGACCAACAGGAUCCACUGCCUGUGAGACGCUGGGCUGAGACUCGCCUGGUGAAGACGGCCUUGGUGCAGGAGGUGCAUCAGAACUUCUCGGCCUGGUGCUCCCAGGUGGUUCGCCUGUACCCGGGGCAGAGGCACUUGGAGCUGGAGUGGACAGUGGGGCCAAUACCCGUGGGGGACGGAUGGGGGAAGGAGGUCAUCAGUCGCUUUGACACGACCCUGGAGACGAAUGGACGCUUCUACACAGACAGCAAUGGAAGGGAGAUUCUGGAGAGGAGGCGGAAUUAUCGGCCCACCUGGAACCUGAACCAGACUGAACCUGUGGCCGGAAACUACUUCCCAGUCAACAGCCGCAUUUACAUCACGGACGGGAACACGCAGCUGACAGUGCUGACUGACCGAUCCCAGGGGGGCAGCAGCCUGAGCGAUGGCUCCCUGGAGCUGAUGGUGCACCGAAGGCUGCUGAGAGAUGAUGCCCGUGGAGUUGGGGAGCCGCUGCAAGAGGCGGGCCCGGAUGGGCAGGGACCAGGGCUGUGGGUGCGAGGCCACCACCUCGUGCUGCUGGACACUGCCCGGGCUGCGCCCACCGGGCACCGGCUGCUGGCGGAAAAGGAGGUCCUGGCCCCACAAAUUGUGCUGUCCCUGGGAGAUAGUGCCCUCUAUCACCUAGGGACCACUCCGCGCAUGCAGUUCUCUGCGCUGAACAAGGAGCUGCCCCCCUCAGUACACCUGCUCACCCUUGCCCGCUGGGACCCAGGGACUCUGCUGCUGCGCUUGGAGCAUCAGUUUGCCGUUGGGGAGGACCGCAACUUGAGCUCCCCCGUGACCCUAGACUUGCAGAACCUGUUCUCCACCUUCACUAUCACUCGCCUGCAAGAGACCACGCUGGCGGCCAACCAGCUUCGGAAUCACGCCUCCAGGCUCCAGUGGACAACCAACAAAGGCCCUGCUACCCAAACCCCGCCUUCCUUGCUGAACCCCACCGCUGUCACGCUGCAGCCCAUGGAGAUCCGCACCUUCUUGGCCUCAGUCCAAUGGAAGAAGAAUGUCUAGACCUGCCAAGAGGCCUCCUUCUGGGCCGGGGUCCCUUCCUGUCUCCCAGAGAUGAGGGAGGCGCUUCCCUUGUCCUCUGGCUGCUGCUGCCACCAACCAAAACCAUUAAAAAAUGUCACCACCAGGA